AUGUGCGACUGCCUAUUGAUGCGUGGAAAUUAUGGCGGUCGGUUGGAGAAAAAGCAAAUGAAGUUCCCAACGCGAAUCGCUAUUUCUUUGGAUAUGAACGACUAUGAAAUUGGAGUCGACGAUUUUCAUUCUGAACAAGAUCUCGGUGGAGAAAACUGCGGGUAUGAGCGAGAUUUUUGCAACGGAAUAAGCGAAGACGGGCAAGAUUUGGCAGAUGUGGAAGGUGAAGGAGAUGAUGACAUUUAUCGACAGUUAGCACAGAAGGAGAAAGAUCUUUUACUGGCAGCUGAACUGGGAAAAGCUUUAUUGGAAAAGAACGAAGAAGUUAACCAGAAGUAUGAGAUGUUACAAGAGGAAUAUUCUCAAGUUGUGGAAGUAAGCGUAUUGAAUGAAAAUUUCUUUUCCGACCUCUAUAGUAUUACGCGCGACUGAAUUUGUUUUGUAAUGGAACUGGUUGUCAGUAAGCUAAAACAAUAACGUUUAGGUGCCGUUGAAUUUUUUCACAAGGAAAAUUUUAACCGCAAAUUUAUAUUUCUUUUUAACAGGAGCUGGAACAAGAUAAAUACGAGCUCAAAUUAAAAGUGGAACGCUUACAAGGUGGAAAUGACUCGCGAGUUCACGAGCUUCAAUCUGAUUUAAUAGCGCUACGAAAUGAAUUGAAAACACUGCAAUCCAACUCAAAAAACGACCAGCAAACUAAGAGGGAAACGUUUGCUGGACUCACGGAAGAGAACGAACAACUUCACUUAGAUUUACAAAAGGUAAGAGGCGUUUUAUACAAAGGAACAGUGAAGGAAGUUUCCCGGGCGGGGAUGGGUUUGGAAAAGAAGGAAUUUUUGCUGUCGUUUAAAAUCACGAAUGCAGCCAGCUAUAUGACCACGAUAAUAUUAUUUUGUGUUCGGAAGAGCACCAACAAGGAAAUGUUGUGGGUCUUUUUUCCGGAAAUUUAGUGUGUAAAUAAAAAGUUAACUAUUUUUGGCGGAUUAGGUUUAUCGUGUCUCAAAACCCUUUUGCGAAACCCGAUCCAACCUUGUAAAUGGCUAAUUCGAGCGAUAAGAGAUAGAGGAAGUAGCUCGAUUUAGAGUCGUUGCAGUUUUUGAAUUCGCUACAAUGAGCAGUGAAUCAAAUAGGAAACCUCGAACUGAGCUUUAACCGAUACAUAAAAAGAUUCGACUGGUUGUGUUCUGGGGGUAAUCUUAUUGCUUUUGAGGAAUUAUUUAAGGUUGUAGCAUUCCAUAUCGUGAAUUGCAUUGUCGCCAAAUCUCAUUUAUACAUUGACAAGAUCUUUUAUGCGCUCUUGACACAAAGUACAUAACGAUCUGAAACACGAUUUUUUUUUUUGAUGUGGCGAACUACGACCACUAUCUUGAACGUGGUCAGGAAUAUUCCGCGGACGUCAUUCUCCUUUAAAAAUCAGUGAUUUCUAUCUCCGUCAUCUCCGUGUGGGUAAUGAUUUUUAGACUAUGCAUGACUAAGCACAUAUAUAUCUAUAGAUGGGCCUCUUGUUCUCUUCACGCGAAUUCUAGAAGACCUAGAACAAAGAACCGCAUUAACUAUAUGUGAAAUUUUUCCACUAAUGUUCUUCGCGAAAUAACCUCGAGUUUCUAAGUUGAUUUCCGUGUACAAAUUUUUGAGGAAAAGUUAGUGGAAGUGGAGGUUACAGUUGUUGAUUUCAAAGGUAUUUGCAAUAUCCACUGCAUCAAUUGUACGUGUCAAUCUCUGAAAGUUUUGACGGUCCGUUAUGUGCCUUCGAGAGCUUUACAAACAGUCUUUAGACUAAGAUUUUACAAAAUAGGCCUCAUUCUUAGAGAGUACGAGACGCUUAAUUUUAUUGGUUUGUAUACCACUCUCCUACUGGAUCUCCAUUUAUUUUGACCUGUUACUGAUCUUGCAGUGAUAUAUUCUCAUGUUCUUUGUUGAAUAAAAACUGUAUGUCCUUUGGAAACGAGCACUAAAUGAUAAUUCACCAAUAUCACAAUAUAGAAAUAGCCCUCUCGAAAACAAGCAUAAAUCUCUUCGCCGUGUUCUCCUUUUAAGUCUAAUAACAAAGAAAAGAAGCAUACUGAGAGGUCCCUCGUGGGUCUACAAAAGUUUGUCUGCAUGUACUACUAAGAGAGUUAUGUAAACCAUGUGCACGAAAGUUCCAUUGUUUACCUUCUACGACAAAGGGUCUUCAAGAGAGAGAGUGAAGCAUGGAUUAUGCUGUAAGCAAUAUUUUAGACAACAAAAAAAUGCAUGAUUGUAGAGCCUUUGGGCUCACUAAAAAGGUGAAUUGAGACAAAUUAAUUGCUUCUUGAAAAAUGUAACUCUUGUAAGGUACCAGCGUAAAACAAAACAAGACAUGUACCAACUCUUAAAUUAUGUAUGUGAAGGAAGUCUGUCUAACAUAAUAACUCUGUGGGAAAUGGUUGAUCCAUUGUUUGUGAGGAAGAAGAAAGUCACGCACGAGGGUCUAUGCGUUGAGAAUGUUUUUAAACUUACAAGUGACGCUUCAUAGCAUAUUGUUUUGUUAUGUUUCAUAUCUCUGCUUCAUAUUAUGGAAGUAAAUUUUUUUCUCAAGCAGCUCCGAAGUAUAUAAGAGAGUAUAUAAGAGAUAAUAGUGUUUCAAAGUGAAAUGGGGUCUCCAUUGACACACAGUAAUUUCCAUUUUCAUAGUUUUUGCUAAUGAUAUUUUCAAAAUACCACUGCUUCCUAUUGUUAUAUUGGCUUACAAUCAUUGCUUUGCCGAAGAUUACUUUUGCUAUUUGCUGUUGUGCUCUAUGCUGAUCAGUGGUAAAAUUCAAUUAUUUGUGGUUGUUUUGUAGACUUAAGCCCUGACUGUUGACCAAGCAUAUGAAAAAAAAAAGUUUGAAAAACUUUCCACAGUAACUCAUUAUGUGUUUCCCUCACAAACAAUCAUUAUCAUGUGCAGAGUGAGUGCAAUAUAGGCCUUUUUGGUGACAGCAUUUUAUCACUUUUUAGAAACAAGUGUUAUGGAAACUUUUGAAUGUAGAGACCCCAGGGCAUCCACAGAAACCAGUAAUAUUAAAUAACUAAGUCACUUUGGAUGUACUAUAAAAUCUUACAUAUGAGUUCAAAACAUGGCCACAGAAGGUUUUAUGGUAAAAUGGCAGACAUUUUUUCCCUUUAUUCUCGUUAUUAGAACCUAAUUUGAGGCUUUUUGCUAAUUGACCUUUAGCAUUGUUUAUAGAACACUUGCACAUUUUGGUGGAAAUUAAUUUUACACAGAACAAAAUCUGUCAGACUGUUGUGUUCUCAGUUAGAUUGUAGCGAUGGGUGGGGUGUCACUCGUAAGUGUUAAACCUGUGAGUUAAAGUGUUACCUGCACCCUGGAAGGUUUGGAGGUUUCAAUAUGAAAGUGAUAACUAUAUUUUGUAAGGUUAUACCAUUGAAUACAAGUUCCAUUCAGUUAGUGUUACUAUUUUGUUGCUUCUGACAUGGUGAACCAGUGUGAAUCUUUUAAAAUUAUUUAAAUACGUUAUCACCCACAUAACUACAUGUACUAAAAUACUAUAUCUCCUUAGCAUUCUGGAAUAAGACGGAAUAUUUCAACUUACAUUUAAUAUUCUGAAUAAUAUUAUUUCCCAAUAGAAACAGACCAAUUUGAGUCAAUUUGUUGUUCUAUAUUCAGCAGAUAUUAUAACAACUAAGGAGUGUCUGACCUAAAGCAAAUAUAAUGAGUUAUCUCUUGAAACAUCCCGAAAAAUAAAGAAAAGGCAAAAAAGGAAACAAUAUAAACUUGGAACCAACUGUGAUUGUUUUAAUUAGAUAGCCUGAUCAGAUUUCCAGCAUAAACGUCUAGACAGCAGUAUACCAUUGAAGGUACUAGAUUCCAUUAGUCCAGGGGAAAAGAUCUAUAAAAGGUGUUAUGCUGCUGCAAAGUUAAUAUUUUCCUCACUUUUUCUCACGUUGUUGAUACUAAACAUCAAUAUGACAUUUAAAAAAACAGCGAUAAUGCUCAAAUACACAUUGGUGAUUUUCAAAACUUUAGCUGAUUACAAAUAUUGAAGACAAGGGUCUAAAAAUUGGUUUGCCAUAUUCUGGAAAGAGAAUGAAUUUAAAUGAAGUUUAUUUAAUACCUUUUGGACACAUUGAUACAUGUUAGUUUGCCUGGUUUCAUCUAUACCUUGGCUGAUAUACAAUUUAUUCACAUUAACUCCACAUUACAGUGGCCCCCAAUUAAGAUGGUUAGGAUUUGAUAGCAAGCAUUUUUUUUGUGUUUUCUCCAAGAUUCAGAAAUAUGAUGACCAAACAAAAAUAUGUGAAAAUGCAUGGCUUUCAAGUAAGAGAAAGUUAAAAAUCAAAACAACUGUUUGGAAGAUGUUUCUGAAUAUAUUUUUUUACAGUGCUAGCCUUGGAUUUCUCAAGAAUAUAACAUUGCCCCAUGUUGACAUUCAAUAUUGCACUGUAAUGGUCAAAUGCCCUUGGAUACAACUAUACCUUACAACCCUCCCUUAUUGGACAUCUUCCUUAAUUGGACAUCUUGAUUUGGUCCUUGCCUUUAUUUAGUCAUGUUCUUUGACUCUCUAUAAGGUAGAGCCUCCCUAUGGGUAUUUCCAAAGAAACUGAAGUCAUAAUGAAUGUUAACAACAAUCUUGAAGGUUAAAUUUAAAGGGAUGAUCGCAUUGCCAUUCUGAUCAAGUUUGACGAUGUUUGCAUUGAUAGCAAAAAACUGCCAAAAAGUGUGCUGCAUGUUCAGAGUUUUAGUUUUGCUUGUUAAACCUGCUGCCUGUUUUAUUUUCUCAUUCUCUUCAUUGUUGCUGUGGUUGCUCAAGCUCAUUAGUAGCAUAACCAGGCAGAACAAUUCUUGAUAUGCGACAAUUUCAGUGAAAAAUCAACAAUUUAAUGGACAACGAGAGACGUCCAUGUUGCACCCAUACAGAGGCUCAAGGCAGUAAGCUCACUUAAGAUGGGCACUACCAAUCCCUGCAAUGAUGUUCACCUUACAAAGAUUUAUUUGACUAUAAACUACUGGGGACAAAAUUCUAUGAUGCCAUACGUCUACUAUGAAAUGGAGGCCACACCAGACCAAAAAAAAACCGGUGCAAUGUUUCAUCCGUUGAAUUUCAGGCCUCAUGCAAAGUAGUCGGCUAAAACUGAUGACAAUUCAAGCUGUCAUUAUUUAUGCCCACAGAGUUGUAAUGUGGAAUAAAGCUCUUAAAUAUUAAUCUGAGGUGUUCAAAAAAGUUUUAGACAAUAUAUUCAAUUUCUUAUCAUCUGCUUCACUAUUAAUUUUGCAAUCACACAUAGGAGGAUUUGUGUAUUGUUAAAACACCGCAGUGGUUCAUAGACACAAAAAAAUUAGAUUUGGUAAGAGUUGUAUGUUAUUACAACAUCUUUAUAGGUCACUAGUUGUAAUUUAAUUUUUAGACUGUGGGGAGUGUAAGUAAUUAAUAAUUAAUUAGAAUGAAGACAAUUUUGUAUUACAUGAGGUAAAGCUUAAACUUAAUCAUACAUGUACUGGUAUAUAAAUAAAGUUUUAUCACUAUUACUUUUUUACAGAGGUAAACUGGUGUAAUUUAUCUUGUAAUAAUUUUUUUAAAAAUCACCUCAAAGCCAGGUGUUUAAUAAUAAUAAUAUUAUUAUUUCUCAAUCUACCUAAAAAAGUAGGAGGGAUUUAAGUUAGCUAAGUCCUCUAUAGACACAUGUUUACUCUGUUUCAAUAAAUUAUCAAUAGCAUUUUAUUCAUAAAGUUUGUGGUUUGGAAAUACCAACUUCAUGAGAGGAUUCUCUUAGAAUUGGUAAUAGAAUUCAAACCAUAUUAACCUCAAGUGCCUAAAUGUCUUACUGUGCUUACUUUUAAUUAGAAGCCACAUUAAGAAUCCCUCUAAGCUGAAUGCUUUGGUUAUUUUGAAGCAAUGAAAAAGCAGUUUUCCUUUAAUAGCAAGGCUAAGGAGAAAAAAAUAUAAAUAUGAAAGUAUAGAUUAUAAAGAAAAAAUUAUAUUCUAACCAAAAAGUAAUUAAAAUUAAAUAGUUGUAUUUUCUUCAACAGUAAAAAGCAUGUGGUCUGUGGGAAGCAUUUGAACCUUUAAAAAUCCAACUCAAAUUCAAAAGAAUUUGAAAUUUGAUUAUCUUUCAAAUCCACUUCGAUUUCAAAUCCCCAAGAAUCAAUGAAUGUUUUCAUUCAACUAAUAAUUAUUUUACGCUUUUUUUGUUUCAUGUCACCAUGUUCCCAAUAAUAGACUACUGCAGCUCUGCCAUUAUAUAGAGGAAAAUAUAGAGGAUUUGAAUUUUAUAUUUAAGUGACAAAAAUGAUGCAAAUUAAUGAGAUAUCAUUUUUGCCAUAAGAACAUGAAAAUUCAUAUCUUUGAGCUAAUGAAUCACUUUCUUUUUAGGGUUUAAUAUACAUGUGUGUACGCCAUACGACCAAAAAUGGAAUAAGCUCUUCUAUACAUGUGGCUCUUGUUAGCUCUUAGUUUGACUUAACCUUUUUUUACUUAAAUUUCCUCGAGACAAGCAACAAGAUGGUACAUUUCCAGGAAUUAAACAAGUUUAUUAUUAGCUGCUAAUCAAUACUGGUAUCUUGUCUUGAUUUUAGAUUAAGACAGAGAAUGAACAACUUAAAAGAGAUCAUAGCCUCCUUAAGAAACAGCUUAGCAGGAAAAUAAGCUUUGAUGAUGAUGGUUUACAACAAGUGGAAAUUGAGGAACUCUGGGAGAAGGUACUUUUUUACUUUUUAAAUCAAAUAAAAAUAAUAUUAAUACUGUUAUUUACCUACUGCAGAAAUAUUAUUUAACAAAGGCUAAUGGAACUGAGCAAACAACUAACAUGGAAAAAAAAUCAAAGAAACAUAAUUGGGUUAAAAAUCCCAACUGGCUGGAGGCAAACCAGUGUUUACAAUAAUAUUGUGUUCAAGGAAUUGAAUUCAGACUACUGAGAACAAAUCAGUCAAUGAGUCAUGUUACAUUACUAAUAGUAGGAGUACUGUCAGUCCACUAGACCUAGUGUAGCUGGUGUAACUGUCAUUGUUUGCUUUUUAUUGCAUUGUUGAUAUUUGUUUAGCGUCUUUUUAAACUUUUUAUCACUCCGGUGAUUGUACUAUCUGCAAGACUAAGGAACUACCACUGUCAAGCUGAGGGUUGCCAAAGGUAGUAGGCUUCCAGCUAAAGUUCUCUGAACCUACUACAUAUAUGGCCUCUUGGCCAGAUAGCUCUACUGCACUCUUUGUUAGAAGUAAUAGAGGAGAGGGCACCCUACAUCACCUACUGUUGAAAAUAUGGCUUCCUAUGGUGUAUGACAAAAUGUUGUGACAAUAUCAACAGACUCUUACCCAGCAAACCACCUAUUUAUUCUCACAAAGGACUAUGGAAAGGAGCUUGAGAAAGAGGGAGGAAAUGCGUUUCUCUUCUUUCUUUCUCUUGAUGCACUGUGAACUCACUAAAUCCUUCCAAUUAUCACAGCACAAACACAUAAAAGCAACUGGGUACGAGUCUGCAACAUAAAGCCUAAGAGCUUCUUCAAUGUUUAAUAAAAUAAUAUUAUUAUCAUCUCACCAGCUUGCAACGCUUGAAGAAGAGAAGCUCAGUUUGACACAAACUGUUUCAGGCCUCGCAGCAACCAAAGAAAACCUUUCAAAAGAAGUAGAGGAACUUUUAGCAAGAAAUCAGUCAUUGGAGAAGAAACUUACAGCAAGCAAGGGGCAGGUAAUUAUUAAGCUACCUUCUCCAUUCAACUUGGCUGAUGGAGAAUUUUCCUCUUAUUAAAUAUAUGGAGAACAAUGGGCGAAGGUUGAUGUAACUCGAUGUUAUGAGUUAUGAUAUGAUUGCACAACUUGACACAAGCCUGUUUAAUUUUGGAAAAUAUGUUACACAUAUUCUUUGAAGCUAGUUAAUAAAAAAGCUUCCACAGAAAAAAUCUUGGGCCAGGAGAAUUUUAUGUGAUAGAUCAAAUAGUUCAUUUAUAGGAUGGGGAAUUCACAAUGAAAAUAACCCAACAUCAAUAGGAUAUAAGCUUAUUGACUGUUUUUUUUUCUUUUUGUCAUUUGCUAAAGUUUUAUUAUACAUGUUUGCUGUUAUUUAACAUGGUCUCUUCUUUAUAAUAACAGUUUUUGUCUGUCUAAUUAUUGAAUUACGUUCUUCACUCUUCACAGCUGGCAAAUUGUGAAGAAGAACUUAACGAAUCAAAGGAUCUCAAUGCGUUUCUCCAGGAGCAAAUCGACGAUAUAAAGCUUCAGGUAAAGAAUAUGAUACCUACCUUAAAUGAUAGCUUGCUCUUCUACUGCAAGGAAUUCAAAAUAUAUAAAACACAGAGUAACACUCUGGGACCUGAACAACAAUUAACUCGUUGUCAGCCAUUUUUGAUUUACGUAACAAAUGUUGGGGAGACCUGGGAAUAACGUAUCGUCACCGCGCCACCCAGCAAAUCACAGUUUCAGUUAAUUAGUCUGUCAGUUUUCGUAUAGGUAAAAGAUUCAUUCACAGUUUCAGCUUCUUUCCUCCAAAUGUGCUUUUUUUACUUGUGCAUUAAUAUUUUAGCCUGCGUAAAGCCACCCCUCCCCGAUUUUUUCUGAGGGGAGGGGCGGUAGUGCACAGGCUAGGGUACUUAUGCGUAGAGCAAAAGGAGCGCAGUAGUAGCAAGAGCUGUGGCUGUUUGCUCUUGGUAGUAGUCAUCAAAAUGUAUCCUAUAUUUCUAUUCUGCUUAUUGUUGCAUGUAGUUUUUACUUUCAUAUUUUGUAAGGGGUUGGUUUGUUGCCUAACCGGCUUUUACCAACCUAACCGAGAUGAUGACGAGGCUCGCUACUAUCUACUAUAGAUACACCUUAAGGCGGCAUCUGCAUGUCAUAUUGUUUAUAUAUCCUUUUUUUUUCGCAUAUACACAGAUAUUUGUCAUAUUACACACUUCUGAUCUUAAAGACUAGCCUACAGCAAAUCAGUUAUUAUUUUGGGAGGUCCUUUUUUACAAUCAAGAAUUCUAGGAGUAUCAAGACAUUAAAAUGAAUGGGAGGGAGUUUUCCACCAUUUCUUUAUUUCAUCCAUCCUAUGGCUCUUGAUCCAUCGUAUUCCAUUUGUGCUUCUUUUCUGACAUCAACAGGCAUCAAUGGACCAGUUGUCAAGAACAUCAUUAUUUUCUGAAAUCUCUGACUUGUCUGUGAUUGGAGUUGAUGCAGGCAGCGAUCAUUUGAAAAAGCUAGACGCGAGCACGACGAAAAUAGUGAGUUAAACCCUCUGUUAAGGAAAUGGCCUCAGCUGGAUUUUUUCUGGCUUUUUCAUAUUUACCAAGAGAGAAUAAUUAUUCUCUUGACAAAACGUCUUAGAUUACAGUCGACUCUCUCUCUCUAUAAGAUGCCACCUUGCUAAAACAGACACCCAGACUUUCUGACUUUUUUUCCUCCUUUUAGCUGACUCCCUUUAAAACAGACCUAAAACGAACACAUAGUUCCGGUCCCAAAGGUAACUGUCUUAUACUGAGAGAAUUGACUGAAUACGCCACACUAAAUAACUUAUAUAGAACACGCCCUUUGACUGGAAUAACCACAUAACUUUCAAAUGCAAUAAAAACUGUGUUGAUUUAAGACUUCUAAAUUCCCCUUUUAGAUAACGAAAUCGAUUUCUUUUUAGAUUGGUACAGAGCAAAGACCAGUCGCCAGUCUUCACGGUUCACCAAAGCCAUUAAAAGCAUCUUCUUCUCUGGGCCUGGGACUAAACUCCAACAAGCGUCACAGGCCGUAUAGCAGCCUCAGUGACGAAGAGACAGAUGACAGUGAUUUGGAAUACGAUGAAGAUGAGGUGGAGCUCAAGGUGGGCACUGUAGCGAGAAAUAGAGAAUUUUAUGCUCAGCUUGAGGAAGAGGAGAAAGCUAACGCUCAGGUGAGACAGUGAUUUAGACCUACUUUGCACAAUUUUAGCCUGUUCCAUGCAGGCGUUCAGAUCAGGGCGGAUAAAGGUUGGGCGGUGAAACGAGCGCUCCGCUCUUCAUUUAAUGUUUGAUGCGGAGUAGGACUGGCACGAACGCUCUUUCCGCGCUUCGGGUGCGCUUGAAGGCCGGCGAAAUUUUCCUUUUUGCAAACCGGAAAUCCUAUUUUCUUUCUGUAAUUUCAGACUACAGUGUUAAAUAGAUAAAUUCGUUUCAUAACAAUAUCAAUAAACAGUUUCAUAUGUUUGUGUCUCUUUGCCUAUAAGUCAAACUUGUUGGUCGUAUAAUGCCAAAAUUUGAGUUUAAUUUGAAAGUGUUGAAUACCUCCUCCUUCCACUAAAUAUCACCUAAUCGUUUUUCGCCGUUUCGUUUGCAAAAGCUUAACACCGUCAACCUCAAUUUUUACAUAUGUUAAAGGGGGAUAAAUUUUAUAUAUCAUAACAAAAAAUUAGAUUGAUAUAUAUUGAUAUAGUGGCGUUGUACUGCUUCAAACUUUGCUUCUCGGGUGCAACGCGCCAUGGCGAUUCGCGCAAUGCGUCGCAAAUCCGGCAAGCGCGGUCAAUCAGACUCAUGAGAAGAGGUCCUUAUUACCACGGUAGUCAUCACCUAAAGCGUGAAGAAACGAAACUGAAAGAUAACAAAAAUUUUCAAUAUUCGAAGAAAAUCAAACGGAAAAUGCAUUCAAAAUAAAAUCAUCUAACUUUCAGUUGCACAAGUUAUUUUUCAACACCAGGUUAUAUGCUUCUGACACCACUCAUAAUGUUAUUAGGUACACUUUUGAAAUGAAUGAUGUGUCACAGUUAAUAGUUAAUGUAACAAGACAAAGAUUGUUACGUGUAAAUAAAUAUUGAUAAUUCUAAGAAAAGUAAAUCUCUUUUUUUGUCAUUACUUUCAAAAGGACGUACACAAACAUACCAUAAAAUUUCAAAUAACAAACACACAAAUUGCUGAUCUGUCAACAGUUGAACCAACUGCACAGAUUUACUUAACAAAAACAACUGAUUGGAUUUAUUGUAAUAACUGACAAGGCUAAUGGGAUAUAUAAAAACGCCAAAUAGUUGUUUAUGUUGCUAAAAUGACUGUUGUUUUUAUUUUUGUUAUAGCUGAAAAAGGAGAUCAAGGAAGCGCACGAAGAACUACGAGCGUUAUACGAAGAACUCCGAAGUUCGCACGAAAGCUUGGAUUCAGUUGAAGUAGGAGAAUUAGAUUCUGACUCAGAUUUUAAACCGGGGUGCCUCACAACGUUUGUGAAGAAUUUCAGAGAUGUACUGGAGGAGAUGAUUAGUGAUAAUAUCACUAGAACUACGGUAGGUAGCACAAACAUUAAAUCGUUGAAUUAACUUUCAAGCCCUUGGUAGGAGUGUUGGGUUUUGGUUUGACAUGGUGAAGAUUAAAGUCUAUAAAACCUGUUGCUGCGGCUUGUCAAAGAGGGAAGUGGGUAGUUUAAGUUAAAUGUCGUUUACACGCGCGAGAGCACGCUGGUCGCGGCUUCGCCACUCACUCGCGUCCUCGCGUGGCUCGCCCAAAUAGGAGAGCUUGAAUGCCCAGAGGCUAUAUAUGGUGGGUGUUAACCAGACUUGCCCAAAUGCUCACAAACAGUAUUUUCAAAUCCCAGAUAUUUAGCUGAUCAUUUUGAUACGAAAAGGUCUGAGAAAGUAUUCUUGUUGGGGCUUGACAUACUUUUGUAGCUUCUUAAGAGACACGUGAAAACAUGGAAAGCUUGUAGAAAGAGAGGUACGUAUUAAAUACUAAAAGAUCUUGCUUAAUGUUACCAACCCUUCGUGUUACAGAAUUUGAAGCAACAACUUUGUAAAGCCCAUGAGAGCAUCGAUAAUCUUGAACAAGAACUCCAGGCGGCUACCUCAGAGUCAAGAAAGAAAGAUGAAGACAUUCUUAAGUUAAAUGAGAAACUUCACGAAAGAAGUGAAGCCAUUGAGAGGUUAAAGGAACAAAGAAAUCAACUGGCGAAAGGAGAAUGCAACAAAUCACAGUUGGCUUUUGAUAUUAUGUACAAUGAGGCGGUAGAGGAAAGAAAAAAUGCUUUAGAAAGGUAAUAAGUAGUAGUUUAUUAGUGCCACACAACCUAAUCUAUACCCUGGCCGGUUCUUCUCUAUACAUAUUUCCAUGUAUUUAUUUAUUUAUCUAUUCAUUGCUUUUAUGGCGUAUCCGUCAGGUUUAUUUUCUAUGAACAACACUAAUUAUCAGCACUGAAGCAAGCGUACCAACUCUGCGGUAUGGCCAGUAACUUACGCAUGCGCACAUCCAUAUCACCCGGGCAGUGGCAGCCAUGGAGAGCUGUUUCGCCCUUGGUACGUGUGCUUCAGUGCUGAUAAUUGAUGUUAUUUUCUAUAGGGCCAUAAGGCGAUCCAAGUCUGCAAAACAAUCCAUAAUUCUCAUCCCUGAUUUGCCGCAGCUUUCUUUAUAGUUUUGAUCUAAGAAGGGUUUUCGCUUUGUAAGCUAAUCAGUUUAAAAAAGCUCUCUGUUUCACACCGAUACAGUGUGGGAACCUCGAUUUGACGAACCUCUGUAUAACGAACGAUAUUUUACGCCCCAGUAAAAGCAAAAUAUAUGGAAAAGAACCUCGUUAUAGCGAACAUAUUUUGCCAGUCCCUUGGCCUUCGUUUUAUCGAGGUUCCAGUGUACUUAAAUGGUAUCAUGUUAUCAUUUUGUGAGUACUGUAAUCGGAACUUUCGGUCGCAUCAUCAUCGUCAUCAUCAUAAUCAUCAUUUAUUACUGUACCAAGUUUCUGCUGGUCGUCAUCAUCGUGAUCAGCAUCGACGCAUGCGCUUUCGGGCUUGUAGCUUCUUUCAUUUCUUUUGUAGAAGUAAUGGAAAUCGUUGGAACAGAUCUUUGUACAACUGUUGGGGCAUUUUUGCAUUGCCCAGUUCAUUUAACUCAACGACUAACGUCCGGUUUUGUGAUUUCAGGGAAAAAAAGAUAUCCGUGGAAUUACAGAGAACAAAAGAAGACAGAGAGGAACUAGAUCAGCAAUUGAAGGAGGCCAUUCAUCAAAAACUACUACUUUCAGAACAGCUAGAGGAUUGGCAGGUAGGUUGAAUGGUCUAAGAUUUGUGCAAAUUAUCGUAAUACUUCCGGGGACCAAUCGGCUCUUGUUUUUUGUUAUCAUUUCUUCCUUCAGAGGGCUUUCGAAAAGUAAUACGAAUGUUUCCUAUCUUUUUCCCUAAAUAUCCAGCGAUAAUUGUUGUCAACGCGUGAGUCAGAUGUUUAAACUCUUAAUCCCUUAUACCAAAAUUUAGGUUCUCCUUUCUUACCCAGCUGGUUUCUUAUACAGAAGAGGAGAAGUUGUAUGAACAUCAAAAGUAUUUAACUUAUGGUUAUAGUGUACAACCCCGAUUCCCCCAGCAUUGAUAUUAAAAGGCGAAGUAUGCUGCCGAUCAUCCUAAGGGAUUGAAGGGUUUAUGUAUUAGUCUGCCGAAAGCCAAAAUAACCUCUGUCUUUGUCUUUUUUUUAGUUUGAUAUGGCUGCCCUUAUUGACGACCAGGUGCAAAAACAAAUGAAAUCAGCGGCGAAGGAACAUGACGACAACGGAAGGAGAAGAAGAGUAACAGCUUUUACGCGACCAACACGCUGGCACUGGUCAAGCAAUAGCAGCAGACGACAAAGCCAUGUUAUGUGAUCACUGGUGAUAGUAUCGACACGGGUUGUUCCCGUACCGGGUUGCUCCAGAGAUCUUCUAAAGUGAUCUAUGAUGACGGUUUCAAGGUGUAUCACAUUCUAGUCUGGCACAAGUGGGAUGUAAUACAGCCCAGUCGGUUCCUAAUGUGGUAUCUAAACGAUCAUUCUCCGAAUGCUAAACGUCCCUGAAUUUUUGCAGGAUCAGAUUCAGGAGUUUCUCUUGUAUUUCAAGACUUCUCAUAACAUCUUUUGUCUUUUUAAAAGUCUCAUAAUUCUUUCAUUUAUAUAUUUCUCUCAGUAGAGGGACUAUAGUCAAACUUCAAGGUGAUUUUUUCAGAGCUUUAUGCGUGCGUCUUUCUUAUCCGUUUAUACCAUGUCACUUGUCUUUAACUGAUAAGGCACAACAGUCAUGCCGUCUAAAAAGAAAAUGAUGUAUUUAUUGACUAUUUGCAGGGCCUUUAACCGUUGGUGAGUCUCUGUUAGUUUUAAUACAAUCAUAUUACGUAAGUUGUCCAAGAUGUUUACAUUUAAAAAUGACCCAACGUCAUUAAAUUAUUUAUGUCAAUAUCUUUAUUUACUGUAAAUUCAGAUGGUAAAAAAUGAGGCAAUUGCAUUGUUUUGUGUGUUUUAACAGAGUUUCUGGUCUCUCUGUUGUAAGAUACUCCAGUUGUACCCUGUCCGUGUGAUAAAAUAUGACUUGUCAGUCUUAGUUCAUUAAAUCCGAAAUGUUUCGAUGCGAUGAAAUGAAGCCCUCUGUUCCCCUCCAAGCGCCACACCCAUCGUUUACAAAGGUCUCUCUUCUCUUCCCUGUGGUAUGAGAGUUGUGGCCUUCUGAAGUAAUAAAAAGUGGUCAGCUAUGUUCUUACUGACUUAGCGACCGCUUUUAGAGAACUGCAAACAUAGAACAAAGUUGGGGAUUUUAGCUUAUUCUCGUUGUAAAAACCUGUCGAAUCUCGUGCGUGUCGCCGUAAUACAGAAAACAAAAGAUAUAAGAAAAAGAAUGGAAAGAAAUAAUAAACAGGAACCAAACAAAACAUCGCGGUUUUUUACAUCUUGGUAAACUCUAAAUUUUCUAAACUGAGCGUUUCAUAAAAUGAUGUUCUAGUAAUUAUACCCGAAAUUUAAUUUAAGGUUAAUUUUAUGUGUAAAGCAUAUUUAAUACUUAGUUUACUAACAAGCACUGUAAAGAUUACUAACGGUGUUUAUAGAUCGGGGGCGCAAGAGGGGAGAGAAAACGUAGGGGACUCCCGCGCGAUUGAAUAGGGAGCUAAUUUUUAAGAAUUUUGGAGGCCCCUUCCAGGAGUCACUAUCUUGUUUUGCUGUGGAGCGAAUGGAAUUGUCUUUCAUUCAUAAUAAGAGAAACUUACUAUUUUCUUAGUAGCCAUUUUUCUCGCAUACACUUGCCUUGCUUGUCAGAACAAGUGAAGGAUCUGCUAGAUCCUGGCGCGGUUUAUUAGAUGGUUUGCCUAUUUUUGUUCAGUUACUAUAACUACGUACUUUUAACAACAAACUGUAGUAGAAAGAGCAUUACAAAUGACAACGGUGUCGCUCUCUGAAAUUAAGUCAAACUUGAAACAGAGAAGACGGGCUGUUAUUUUCAUACUUAAAUCAAUUUUGCGAUCGUUAAGAAAGCGCUUAAGUUGCCUGAUAGCGCAGCCUCGACCUCUUCUUUCAUGUGGGAGUCUCCAGGGCGAAAGGGCUGAAAAGAACUGAACUUUAUAGGUUCUUUCACAUGUCUCUUAGUUUGAUCUCUUGGUUUGAUAUAUAGACAGACGAAGUCAGGGCAGCAGUUUUAAUUUAGUGAUUAAAUUACUGUGUAAACGUUUAAAUAACGGCUCCAAUUUUAUGUGAUAUAGUAAUUAACUCAGAGUUGUAAAAUGUCUUUUAAUGCAUAGAACGUGCACGUAAAAUGUAGAAAAUGUAUGUCAUACGUUUUGGAAGUGUAAUUGAAUUAUAACGAAAGAUUUAUGGCUUUGAAAGCUUAGUUUUAUCAACAGAUAAAGAUGUUGACAAAUAAAGGAGUAUUUUGACAGUGG